AUGUCUGUGCUCUUUGCUUUCGCGCUCUUCCUGGUGGUCGACUCGAAGGUGAUAGUUGAGCACAAUGCAUCGGCAGCGUUCGGCCAGGAGCGCCUCACCACUUCUCGUUCUCCGUCUUCAUCUACGGCAGUCAUUGGUGUGUUGCGGUGUCAGCGCCUUGGUGUACGUGGUCCCCGCGCUCAUGUGCCUACCCGUCUCGCUUCACGCCCCCAUCUUCGGCUCUCGUGGCUGGCCUUCUUGCUGUACUUCUUCGGCUUCGGGCAGGACGUGGCGCUGGACAGCGUCGCCUUCCCUGCCCCGCUUUCGCUUCCUGGGGUCGUGAUGGUGGAUCUGCCGCCGGGCCUGCGGGGCGCGUCAGACGCACCAGAGCUGAAGUACCUCCUCAAGAGCAAGGUGACGGACAAGAUCGUGACCACCGUCGGCGUCGCGACGGUGACGACCAACAACAAGGCGCCCUUCGUGAGCUCCGCGACUUGGGCGUACCGCUGCCUGUACAUCGUAUUCAUGUUGUUGUGCCUCAGCGGGCGGCCGCCUGGCACUCUCUUCCAUGCGAUGCAGGUGGCGCGACAGUUCAGGCAGUAUGCAAUGCAGUCGGCCGCCAUAUUUACCUAG